UCGUAAAUUCAACAGAUGGCGUUGACAACGAAUCCCAGCGCCCUCAUAACAAAAGCCGCCAUCUUUCCUUUCCUCACAUACGUAGUUGUGUCCGCUACCUCCCGUCGUCAACGAUCCCGGCCGCGUUUGUUGUACCAACCCUCGUAUCUUCUACUGACUGAGGCAGGUACAGUUUCUCAUCUAAACAUCAAGAUGCCCAAGCACAGCAAAAAAGAUAGCAGCGAUUCAGAUUCUGAUUCUGGACCUGAAGAUAGAGCACCACCACCAAAGAAGUCAAAGUCUGGUGGAGGUGAUGGUGCAGCCAAGACAAAUGAUAGUGGAGAGUCAUACUUUGACAUUGAUGGCCUCAGGAGGGUUACUGUACGAGAAUUCAAAGGACGGGUCUACGUUGAUAUUCGUGAAUUUUAUGAGAAGGAUGGGAAAGUCCUCCCUGGAAAAAAAGGCAUUUCUCUGUCUACCUCUCAGUGGGGGAAAGUGAAGUCACUGAUGGACAGUAUUGAUGGAGCAGUUGAACAGCUACGUUAAAUUUUGUCUAUUGGUUGUGAGGUUGAUAUUUUGAUGUGGGAUCUGAUCUGUUUACUUAAGAAUUUGUUUUAAUAGGAUGCCUUUAGCAUUCUGUUACUCAUUAUAGCUUGCAAAAGCACUAUUAAUAGGGUAUUUAUACGCUAUUGAAGGUUAUUUUGAAAUUAGUUGUUUGAGGAAAUUAUAAAUUUUGUUGCAUUGGUAUUAUUUAGUACAAAAUGUGUAUUUAUUACAUAAUAAAGUAUCAAGAUAUGUUUCCUCGCUCUUCAUACAUAUUAUUCAAAUUUGAUAUUGUGAGUGUAGGUUUGCUUGCUUUGAUGGCUGUAUUUAAGAAGUAUGAGCAAGGAGUUUGGAUUAUGUAAAUGUGAAACAAUACAGAUAUUGUAUAAUUAGUUUCUAGUUGCCAAGUACUCUACCAUUCCUUGUAAUACAAGUUGCAAUGUCAAAGAUGUAGGCAUAAGGAUUUUUCAUAUUAACCAUAGGGAGUUAUCUCUUCAAGACUAGAUAAAAAUCCUAAUUAUGGAAUCUUUCUUCUACCCUGUAUGUUUGUUGUAGGGGAAAAUAUAUACUAUGAUUCCUUUGAA